CAAACACGGCGAGGAUAAAGCAAGAUGGCGUCUGACGGUGAAGACGUUCUUGCAGUCGUCACAGUUUAGUGUUCUUAAUCUGUGCGUCCAUGUACACAUAUAUGUCCUUUAUUACACUCUAUUAAAUAUAGUAAUAAUAACUGUUUGUAUAUUAGUCUGAGUGCACUUUGAUGCUUCUCCAGCUAGCUUAGCUUGCUAGUUAGCUUAGCUUGUUAGCUGCUAACAAAGAGAGGCGGAAGUGAUGAAAACACAUCGCUAAGCAGAGAUCAAGUGUGAGUGUAAAGUGUUGUGAUUGUGUGAAAAUGUGCGAAAGAACCAUAGCAGAGUACGAGGAGGAACUUUGUCCAACAAAAGAGGAGAAGGAUCAAAAAAAUCAAGUUGUGUUACACACAACAGACAUCCAUCAGCUGAUUGGACACCAAGAAGAAUGUCUCCCUCAUCUGCAGGGGGACAGUUUCACUUUAGAGGAUCCACAGCCCUCACAUUUUAAAGAGGAAGAGGAGGGAGAGUGUGUUGUAGGGCAGGAGGAGGAUGAUGUCAGCAAGUUUCCACUGACUGUUGUCUCUGUGAAGACUGAAGAGCAUGAAGACAAAGCACCUGAGUCCUCACAGCUUCAUCACAGUCCAAACAUCCAUCAGCUGAUUGGACACCAAAAAGAAUGUCUCCCUCAUCUGCAGGGGGACAGUUUCACUUUAGAGGAUCCGCAGCCCUCACAUUUUAAAGAGGAAGAGGAGGAAGAGUGUGUUGUAGGGCAGGAGGAGGAUGAUGUCAGCAAGUUUCCACUGACUGUUGUCUCUGUGAAGACUGAAGAGCAUGAAGACAAAGCACCUGAGUCCUCACAGCUUCAUCACAGUCCAAACAUCUGUGAAGAACAACUUCUGCCUGAAAAACAGGAGAGUAGCCUCAGAAUGGUGAAGGAGGAUCCACCAAAGAGGAAGACCAGACACCACGGACCCUCUGGCGUCUCCUUUUCCUCUUUGACACAGACCCUUCCCUGUAAAAAGGAAGAGGAACACUCACUGACCCCCCACAUUAAAAAGGAAGAGGAGGAACACAGCAUCAGUCAGGAGGGAGAUCAUCUUGAAGGACUGGUGGAGUUCCCAGUGACUGGUGUGCCUGUGAAGAGUGAAGAUGAUGAGGUCAAAGGUGAGAGUGAGGAGAAGAGAGAGGCGGAGCCUCCAAGCAGCAGCUCAACACAACACAUGACAACAGAAGCUGAUGGAGACCACUGUGGAGGAUCACAAGCAGACAAGAUGUUAGCUCCACUAUCAGAUAGUGAGGACACAACGUCACACUCUCCUGACACUGAUGAUGAACACUCUAAAGAUGGUAAGACAUGUCACACUGACAACACACACCUCACAUGUUCUCACUGUGACAAAACCUUUAAAGAUCAUUGGCACCUGAAAAGACACAUGAGAACACACACUGGAGAAAAACCUUUUCCCUGUUCAAUCUGUGGUAAAGGUUUUGUACACAGUCACCAUUUGAAAGCACACACGAGAAUACACACUGGUGAAAAACCUUUUUCCUGUUCAAUCUGUGGUAAAGGUUUUGUUCGAAGUAAAUAUUUGAAAGUGCACAUCAGAACACACACUGGUGAAAAACCUUUUAUCUGUUCAAUCUGUGGUAAAGGUUUUUCAAAAAGUCAUAAUUUGAAAAGACACAUGAGAACACACACUGGUGAAAAAUCACAUUCCUGUUCAAUCUGUAGUAAAUAUUUUGUAGAAAGUCAACAUUUGAAAGUACACAUGAGAACACACACUGGUGAAAAACCUUUUUCCUGUUCAAUCUGUGGUAAAGGUUUUACAUUAAGUCAACAUUUGAAAGUACACAUGAGAAUACACACUGGUGAAAAACCUUUUUCCUGUUCAAUCUGUGGUAAAGGUUUUGUUCGAAGUAAAUAUUUGAAAGUGCACAUCAGAACACACACUGGUGAAAAACCUUUUAUCUGUUCAAUCUGUGGUAAAGGUUUUUCAGAAAGUCAUAAUUUGAAAAGACACAUGAGAGCACACACUGGUGAAAAAUCACAUUCCUGUUCAAUCUGUAGUAAAUAUUUUGUAGAAAGUCAACAUUUGAAAGUACACAUGAGAACACACACUGGUGAAAAACCUUUUUCCUGUUCAACCUGUGGUAAAGGUUUUACAUUAAGUCAACAUUUGAAAAGACACACUAGAACACACACUGGUGAAAAAUCACAUUCCUGUUCAAUCUGCAACAGAAGCUUUUGUGACCCAUCAAACCUUGUAGCACACAUGAGAACACACCCAGGAGAGCAAGUGUUGAGUUGCAGUGUGUGUGGUGAAAGAUUCUCUCAUAAGUACCAGUGUAAGAAACACAAGUGUGCUGGUGAGAACAGCAGCAGCAAAUGAAACUGCAGGAUUUCAAAUCAACUGUCAAGACUUUAAUGUUGACUUUCUAACAACAUCAGCACAUGUGUGACAUUGUUGUUUGUGUAACAAUCUUGUUAACAUGCUUCUACAUAUAUAGAUUAGAUAGUUAGAAAGAUUGAAGUAUUACAUAUUAUUUUUAUUUCUAAUUGUUAUAGAUCCCAUAGAUUAGCAUCUUUAUAUGAUGUCCCACCUUCUACCAACCUAGUCAUGUCCGUUGUGUCCUUGAGCAAGACACUUCACCCUUGCUCCUGAUGGCUGCUGGUUAGCGCCUUGCAUGGCAGCUCCCGCCAUCAGUGUGUGAAUGUGUGUGUGUGAAUGGGUGAAUGUGGAAAUACUGUCAAAGCGCUUUGAGUACCUUGAAGGUAGAAAAGCGCUAUACAAGUAUAACCCAUUUAUCAUUUAUCAUAUGUACACUACCGUUCAAAAGUUUGGGGUCACAUGUAAAUGUCCUUAUUUUUGAAGGAAAAGCACUGUACUUUUCAAUGAAGAUAACUUUAAACUAGCCUUAACUUGAAAGAAAUACACUCUAUACAUUGCUAAUGUGCUAAAUGACUAUUCUAGCUGCAAAUGUCUGGUUUUUGGUGCAAUAUCUACAUAGGUGUAUAGAGGCCCAUUUCCAGCAACUAUCACUCCAGUGUUCUAAUGGUACAAUGUGUUUGCUCAUUGGCUCAGAAGGCUAAUUGAUGAUUAGAAAACCCUUGUGCAAUCAUGUUCACACAUCUGAAAACACUUUAGCUCGUUACAGAAGCUACAAAACUGACCUUCCUUUGAGCAGAUUGAGUUUCUGGAGCAUCACAUUUGUGGGGUCAAUUAAACACUCAAAAUGGCCAGAAAAAGAGAACUUUCAUGUGAAACUCGACAGUCUAUUCUUGUUCUUAGAAAUGCAGGCUAUUCCACAAAAUUGUUUGGGUGACCCCAAACUUUUGAACGGUAGUGUACAUAUGUACUGGUUCACAUGUGAAACAUCUUCUGGACCACUUCAGGAAGCAUAUUAUUAUUUACUUUAUACAUCAUUUCAACAGUUGUCUUUUAUACAAUUUUAAAAUGUGUGACUUUAUGAAUUAUUUGUUGGGUCUCUAUAAUCCAUUUUAUUAAUGAUCUUUAUUACUCUCUUUUGUAAUAUGAUGAUUGUGUUGUGAUUGUUUUAUAUGUAUGUCCCCAGACCAUUAUGCAAUAUAAAAGUGAGAAAAAAUGGCUGAAUUGUUUGUGGAAGGAUGGUUUUGUUUUUACAAACUUACAUUUGUGGAUAAAACAAAAAAUCCCUAUUGUUGUGUUUUAAACAUGCUUUAUGUUUUGUUUUGUUUUCUCUUUAAACAUCCCCAAAACAAUAUACAUUUCAGAAAACAAGUGUGGAGUGUCAGGCAAAAGCCAAUAUUGUACAUCAUCCCACAGAGAUUUACUUUGCAUACAUUCAUAAAAUAAACUGUUUAUUUUGUUUCCCUAUCACAGAAGGAACAAGUGUUGUCUUCAAUUGCAAUACAACAUCCUAAAAAUUAUUUUAAGUGGUCUAUUUCGUCUUUUUUUUUUCUUAAAUGAACUCCUUUGCUUUUGGAAGAAUGGAAGCUUUUAAGUUAUUUGUAUUUUUUUGUUUGUUUGUUUUGUUUCAGAGAAAAUACAGCGAAGAAGCAAUAGUAAAGAAUUGUCUAAUAUCAGAGUUUCAAAUUUGUAAUAUUGUGUCCAUCCACCAAAAGCCCAGAAAGUUUAGAAAAUAGUUCUGAAAAACAUUAUAUGCUGUAUUUAGAAUAUUUUG